AUCAAAAUUGCUAGUCGAGAACAAUGAACGAAAAAAUAUUGAUUUGUGACGUCAUAAUACUGCGAUAAAAUUUCUGAAAAUAGCAGCAUUUUUUUCGAAUUUUAUCGUAAAAAUGAAUUGUAAUAAGGAUGGAUGCGCACAUUGGCGGAAUUGUGAUUCCAUAAGUCAGAAGCAUUGCACGAAAAGUUGGAAGAAUUUGGUGAGAUUGUGGAGAGCCCAGAAGCUGUGUGAUGUCGUGAUUGUGGUGCAGGACAAACGAUUCCCGUGUCAUGGUAUCGUUCCAGCAUCUACAAGUCCGUUCUUCAGGAACGCUUUUCUCCGAAAAAGCAAAAUGUCGGCCACUGACUCCAUGCUUUGUGAGAAAGAAGUGAUCGUAGAUUUCAUGACGAAAGAGAUUUUUGCUCAGGUUCUAAACUUCAUGUACACAGCCGAUGUCGACGUGAAAUCAGACAGAGUGAGAUCCCUGAUUCUGGCAGCGGCAAAACUUGAGAUGCAGGGAAUGGUGAACGCAAUCAUGAGAAAUAUACUAGAUUGGGAGAUUGAGCAGGAAAACCUCGGGAAGACAAUCGAAAAGCACACCAUGCAUCACAAGAAAUCUCCGGCCGGUGCCGCUUGUCGAAGAUUGGGCCCAGGAGAUACCGGCGACUCGGAAUCAGACAUCAUGGACGCGCCUAUACCAGGCAAAGGGCUUCAAUAUCCGAGUGAAAAGUUAACGGUUUGCGGACUGAUGGAUGAGUUGAGAUUACAGGGAGAUCUGGCAACCCUGACUUUUGCUCAAACCUUUGCAGCAAGGAACUUCUCGAAGAUCAGUGCAACGCAAGCAUUCUUAUCGGCUUCAGUCCACACAGUCGCCUCUCUUCUUGAGGACGACAGACUUAACAUGGAAGAGUUCUUGGUUUUCCAGGCUCUUAGUCGAUGGCUUGAGGCAGAACAAAUGCAUUUGGUUCACGGGCCAUAUUUGCUGUCAAAGAUUCGCCUGCAACUACUAACACCCACCGAGCUCGCCGAUCACGUUGAAACGAAAGAUUAUCUUAUGCGAAAGAAGAAAUCCCGCGUUCUGAUUUUAGAAGCUUUUCGAUUCCAUUGCCUAAAACGAUCAGCUGAAAUGAACGGAAUUGACCCUCCACCUCCGAGAGGCCAAAGAAAGCGAAUUGGGGUCUUAAGGCCAGAUGAUUCCGACGCCGAUGAUUGGACAGUUGGUGAGGAUGGGCAACUAUAUAAAGACGAAGCGUCUCCAUACUGCCCCGUGCGGCCUUGUUCGUGUUGCCCUAACUACAUACUGGCAUCAGGAGGUAUCGACACAAAAUCGAAAAGUGCUUCGGAUGGCGUCUACAAAUACGAGGAGCGAGAGAACAGUUGGUCCAGGUUUGCUCGGCUGCAACAACCAAGGAACCACCACGCUGCUGUAUAUUGUAAAGGAUAUUUAUAUAUUCUAGGCGGAUCAGACCCAUCUCUGACCGGCCCAGGAGCUGAAGUAUGUCCUGUUGCCAGUUGUUACAGACUCGGCCUUGAAUCGUUGAAAUGGAGCAAGAUUGAUUCUAUGUCAACGCCAAGGAUGUCACUCCAGGCUAUUCACAAAGACGGUUACAUCUACGCUAUCGGCGGACAAGAUCACAAACAACGGAUAUUACGAGAUAUUGAGCGUUAUUCUAUCGAUUCUGGAGUCUGGGAGUUUGCCGGGACCUUGUCCAGCGUACGAGCCGGCAUUGCUGUUUCUGUACAUAAGAAAAAAAUGUGGGUUGCUGGAGGGUAUUGUCAUAAAAGUGGUGCAGUAUUGGACACCGUGGAAACAUUUGAUGAAGAAUUUGGAAGUUGGCAACCUGCUACACCGCUUCGAUUCCCAAGAUGUUUCGCGAAUCUACUCGACUCACACAACCAAAUGUUCGUCAUCGGCGGAGCAUGGCUCGACUCAGAAAUGGAUUGUGGAAGUUUCAGUAGUGUUUAUGACGUAGACAAGUAUAAUGACGACACAAACAUCUGGGAAGGGCUUACAUCACUGAGAGUGGGAAGGCACGACGCUGGAUACGCGGUUUUAGGUCCACGGCUCUACAUCAUAGGAGGGAAACACUGCGAUGACGGGUCCAUCAAUAACCUGGAUACGGUGGAAUGUUUCGAUUUAGAGAAGGAAGAUUGGAUAGAUGGCGUAACGUCUCUACCUCUGCCAUUGCUUGGACCUGCCAUUACUUUCACAACAUGAAAACUAAUAAAAUUUUGGAAAAUGUGUGAAAUAUAUACUGU